GCACCGUGUAGAGGUUCAGGAGUUGCAGCGCAGCGUCCUGGAAUCAAGCGGGAUGCCUGUUCCUCCCAUGAGUGGGUCGCAAUCAGCAGUUGAUGACUCUGAGGGCUCAUGGGAAAUGGAUCUGAUGGGUGGAAAGCUGGAGCUUCGUCUACAGGUUCAGAUGGAAGAAGGUCAAAGCGAUCGAAGCUGGGAACGGCAUGGCAAUGUGAACUGGAUGAAACAAAUUCUGGGGUUAUCCUUUAUUAUUGUGACCAUCAAUAUUACGGCAGUGACGACACUUUUUACUGGCUUCCGAGAAUUAAAAGGCCACGUAAAACGGUUGCACCUUGUUAUCUGUGCCAUCCUUACCUUCUCUGAUCUUCUUUGUGGGCUAAGUCUGAUGUUUCUCACCUCCAAUUUGCUAUCUGAUCGGCAUCCCGCUGUCCUUGCUGGCCAGUUUAGCUCUCCAAUUACCCUACUCAUCAUCGUCUCCUGUUCUCUGUUGAUCCUCACAGCUGCUACUUUCCUGUAUCUCAUACCCAAACUCUCGAUUUUUUUGGCUGUUCUAUUUCCACCAUCCUUGAUUAGUGGCUUGAUCUACUGCUGCUCGAUCCAAACAGAAGACGACCAUGGGGCAACAGGUUCCGAAAGCUAUAAGUCUGAGCUGAAGCAAUUCCAAAGUCUCUCAUCCACUGUCACCUCCCUUGCUUUCAUUGGGCUUGUAGCCACUUUAGUAGGUUACAGUAAGAAAUCUUCAGAACAAGCCCUUACCCAAAUCAUGGAGGUCAGCAUCCUCCUAAUGUUCUUCGUCUCCAUGAUGGGACUCUUUUUGAUGAUGUGGAACUCCGCGCCACCGAGGAUGCAGAACCAAACCGCCAGAGUUUUCUUCCCUAAGGUCCUGAAAACUCUGAGCUACUCUUUACUCGGCUUAUUGGCAGUGACAGCAACUGUUGUGGCAUCUGCGUAUCUGGAGAGUUACCUUCCACUGGCUCUCUCCCCGGUGCUGUUGCUCGGAGUAAUCGUCUGGUUCGUCAUGAUACCUCACUGUCAGGGAGGAAGACUCCUACCGCAGAUUGACACCAUGGAUCAUAAAGCUGAGCUCAAACCCAUGUCCAAAGUUUCUACCGCCACCACGCAGAUCACAUUUGGUGGUAUGAUGAGCGUCUUCUCAGGAUUGUUCGGCGACAAAGACAGCGGAUUCCAACUCAAGAUCUUCGUGCUGUUGAUGUUCUUCGCAUUCUUGUCCAGCUUUAGCGUGAAGCUGCUCACAGUCAGCACUCCCAAAGCAGCAACUCAGAUCACAGUUAUCAGGAUACUGAACACUUGCACUUUCUUCUUCCUCGCGUUGGGAGCAGCUGCCGUUUACUUGGUCGUGGUCAUGGGAGGCUGACACUGUCCAAGAUAUUAAUGUGUGAGAAAGAGAAUAAAAAAUAUGAUUAAAAGAAUAAUCUUACAUUGCUGCAUACGUAAACUUUCAAUGGCAAAUACAUGUGAGGCAGACACAGUCAUAAAAUAAGACUUUCUCUAAAUUCUGCAUGGUUGUUGAAUGUAUCGAACAGACGAUAUUUUAAGAAAAAUAAUAGGUUUCUGGGUUUGUUUUUCUA